ACGGACAAGACUCUGAAUAAUGAAAGUAUUAUCAAUACAAAUACAAAUUCGACAAAAUGUCAAUUGUCUAAUAAAACUACGUUGUCCGUCACCUUGAUAAUUGACAAAUUGAGACGGGCUAUUUGAUUUGUCAUUAACUCUAUCCUAGAACAUUCUUCGCGUCUGGAUUCACAAAAGACAACAGUAUAUUCCAGGAACAUUUUUCUGGACUCUGAUCUUCGUUAUCUCAGACUAGUGUUUUGUCUGAUUCGUUAUUGUCUUCCUUCAUAAACUCCACGACGACGACGCACAUUCUUCAAACUCUCCCGCACCAGAACCCGAAAUCACAAACAUGGAGAGACAAGGACUCACUGCGAUCGCGUCGCUGCUCUGCCUACUCUCCCUCUUCGCCACCGCCUGUGAUGCAAUUGAGUCGCCACAGUACACGAUCGUCCACGCGGAGUCGGACUUCGAGGUGAGGCUGUAUGGGAAUUCCUCAUGGAUGUCUGCUCUGGCGAGCGACCUCUCCUUCGAGAAGGCCACUCUCAAUGGCUACCAUAGGUUGUUUGAGUACACCCAAGGUGCCAAUUUGAAUAGCUCUAGGUUGGCAAUGACAUUACCUGUCUUAACGAGCAUCAUUCCGGGGGCAGGACCCCUCCACUUGUCAGCCUAUGUCGUGCGUUUCUACUUGCCCACGAAAUUCCAAUCGACCCCGCCAACCCCACUCCCCGAGCUGAAGCUAGAACUGUAUAAUUGGAGCAGCCACUAUGUUGCCGUCAGGAAGUUCCUUGGAUUCGCACUGGAUGACAUCGUCGUCAAAGAAGCAGAAAAACUCGCUCUCAGCCUAAGCAGAUCGGCAUGGGCAAAUGUUACUUCCAACAGCAGCUAUGCAUACUCGAUUGCACAGUAUAGCCUCCCAUUCCAGAUCAUUGGCCGAGUGAAUGAAAUCUGGGUGGAUGUUGAGGCAGCUGGAGUGAAUGGAAACAAGUUAGGCGGUGUAGCCUCAUCCUGAACUUAUGCGUAUUUGGGUGGUACUAGAAUCAUGUCUGUCAGUGCUGAUAAAUUGCCUGAGGGUUAAGUAGAUAAAAGACCAGAAAGUGUGCUCUUAUUAUAACCUUGGUUAUGGACAUAAUGUGCAAA